UAAUUAUCAUGCUCAUUAUUCUACAGCUCCCAGCGACGCUCAUAAUAUCAUAUUUUCUGUCACUGACGAGUUAACUCCUGCCAAUGGCGUUACAAUGAGCAGACAUUAAGUUUCGUCAUCUGCCUCGCAUUAAGUAGGCAUUAAGCCUCACUAUAUGCCUCGUAUUAAGUAUGCAUUAAGCCUCAUUAAAUGCUUCAUAUUAAAAAGAUUGUGUGACAUGCUCAGCGACUCACGGAGGACAUCACACUUGUGAUGACGCUGUAACGAGUGACGCUUCAGUCUCGCGUGUUUACUGCACCGUGGCAUUACAUUCCUGAAUUUUAUUUAGUAACUCGAGUGCCCGGAAUGAUCUACACAUUUGUCCCCACUCUGCUACUCCUGCUCCUAGACGGCGCAGUGAGCCGAGCUCCCGUCACCAUCCGCUGUCACAUUCGCUCUGUCACGCACGCCUCCUGUCAACUGCGGGACAUCAUCCGUGGCCAGUCAAAUGUCAACGUCAGCGUUACUGUCAAUAACUGUCACGAGCCUGUCGACGUCCUUUUUGUCAUGACGGGCACGAAUGCGCUGUCGUGGAACUUCACGUUCGUGCCGAACAACCAAAACGAACGCGUCGUCAUCCCGAACGUUUACCUCAUCGAACCUGAGCCUCCCGCGCCGACCUUCUUGUACGUCAGAGAACCGAGCGAUGAGAACCGCGAGCGUAACGGCAGCUACGCCGGUACCGCCAUCACCGUGCAGGCGUCGCUGAUGGCACCGCUGCGGCAGGACAUGUGGGAGGAAGUAGAGUUCCUGAACCACACCUUCAGCCUGCCUCCACUGCCCCCCCACUGCCCCCCACUACUGCCUACGUCUUAUGAUGAACCCCGCUGGCUGAUCAAGGUGCUGGUGCUGGUGGCAGCAGUGCUGGCAGUGGUCAGCGCAGUGCUGCUGGUGACGCUGAAGCGCCGGCAGCUCAGGAGCGUCGCCCGUAACCUCGUCCAGCGGCACUGCGAAGCGCAGGUUGACGACGGAGAUGUGAACCCCGUUGCAGAUCCCGCAGUUCCGACCAAAGGUGGUACGCGUGGCUCCACCGACGCUGCGCCAGCCAGCGCAGAUCUGAAGACGACGCUCGAUGCGUCGGCGCUGCGAUACUUCAAUGAAGUUUAUCCUGACGAGCGGCAAACUCGCGAUGUGGAGGGCGGCGCUGCUCAACAGCAAGUCGCGGUUCCCAAAACAAUAUUGCAGAAAAUGAUGAAGGCUAAAAAGGAAGUUGAAAUUGGCUUGCGUGGCAUAUCCUUCGAGCGACUCAAAGAAGAUGUUAUCACAAGCCAGAGAAAUGUUGAAGCUGGAGCAGAACUUCCAAAUAACGAAGUAUCUAACCCUGGAUUUAUAACAGACGGAAGUAGUGAAGAACAAAGAGGAAGUAUGAAUGAGCAGCGGCUAUUUCCUUUGGACGACGAUUUCGGAAGCGACGAUGUUUGUUCUACCAGUGAAAGACUGGAGAAAAGAUCCGACAGCUACACCAACGUCUUCAAUACGGGUGACCAAUUUGAAGAUUUCAGCACCGGACAAAACUCAUCAGGGAAAACCUCGUGGGAAGUUAACAGCCGCGAGCGCAGUGAUGUAAAAAUUAAUAAAGUAAAGGGCUUAGCCAAUAAAAAUAACAGCUUUGGCUACGGCAGUCGAGAAUAUCUUGAUGAACUUGAAGGUGCCACUGCCGUUUACCCCGACGCUAAGUCAUCGAAGAAGAAGAAAAGUAAAUUGUCGAAGCCUGACAAACAAAAACGCGAGCGACCACGGCGUUCAUAUCGACCAGAGGAGCAGAGCGACAGGAGGCUUAACUUGCCAUCAAGAACAAAAGUUGAAACCAUUCCAGAAGUCGAGGUUGUAGACGGCAUGGAGAAAAGGAGUAACUCCCCGGCAGUGAAUGCUGAUCAUGGAAGUGCCCAUAAAAUAUUAUCGGAUUACGAAGGCGAUAAAGUCGUGACACAUGGAGCCUCAUUUGGCGCGAUUUGGGGCGGGGAUAAUCUAGGAGCGACAGCGGCAGUUGGGAGCAAUGAUAACCGCGGCGCGAGACAGAAGCUCUCCGGUGGCGGAUGACGCACGCACACGACAGGUCCUGGAGCGCCCAACCCUUCACUUCCACAGUGUGGCUAUCACGUUGUUAUUUCAACAAACGUUCAUAAGUGUGUCAUCAUAAUUUUCUUUGGAUGAUAAAGUAGUGCAGUUCGGAUGCAAAACCAGCCGUGGUUUGUUUGAACCUAAGGGAACUUGAUGCAUGUUUAUAAAUGUUUCAUUAUAAGUUAGUUUGGAUGAUAAAGUAGUGCAGUUCGGAUGCAAAACCAGCCGUGAUUUGUUUGUUUGAACCUAAAGGAACUUUAUGCAAUGGCGCCUUCAUUUUUGGGUGCGAUCAAGGUGGCAGAAUAGAUUUCUUUCAAGAUAAUGAACCAAACUAAAGUUAUUUUCAAAAUGAAUCCUGAAAUUGUGGUGCCUCCAACAAAAUCUUCCAAUGAAUCCUCUUUUCCAUUACAAUUACUCAACGGAUGAAAAGGGAGAGUCUCAUUGAAAGGGAUAUAUUCCGUCACAUAUUUAUUGGGCAUAUUACAUUGUUUACAGUAGCUAACUUAUUCUAAGCGAUUUCUAAUUUUAAUUACAGAAUGAAUCUUAUUUAAUUUUAGCAAUGCGUAAACAAAGAUCCGUUCAACUCAUAAGCAAGUCUAAAAAAAAAUUGGAAAAUACGUUCACCGUUCAGU